CUCACGCACUCAGGUACUGUAGCUAUGACAUGUGGGGACACACUAAGAAGCCCACCAUUAAGCCAUAAAAUGGCCAUCUGGAGAAAAGUGACCCUCUUGCUGUUUCUUACAGGAACGUUGGUGAAGCCUGGUCUGAGCACUGUGAUCCUGGAUCAGCCACCAAGGACAGUGGAAGUUCCUCUUGGUUCCUCUCUUACCCUGAACUGCAGUUUUAUGCCCCAAACUCGUGUCACGGUGAACUGGUAUUUCAGCCCAACUGGCCACUCAAGCUGCAGCUCCAAUACACUGCUGAACAGCAGUACCCAUUCGGCUGACAAAACUGGGAAGCUGGAUGCUGGGGGUCAUGUAUCUAAAGAAUCUAGAGAGAGUUGGUCCAGAUUAAUUCUUAAAGAUGUCACACACAAUAACAGUGGAUGGUACUUUUGCCAUGUCUCAGUAGAGAUUCCCGUCCUUCAACAAGCAUGUAGCAAUGGAACUCAAGUUAAUAUAUCGGACAACCAGAUGAAAAGUACCACUUAUACUCCAUUGAUGACAGUAACUCUGUCUCGCCCUUCCAAUCGGGUUCUGCUUGUAGACUGGAGGCUGUGGGUAGCAGUGGGAGCAGCGAGUGCCAUACUUGUCACACUGCUAGUGGUCAUCUGGAUCUUAAUACAACGAAGGGGAUGCAAGAGCAGAGAAAAUCCUAUCUAUUUGAAUAUGCCUCCACCAAGAUCUGCAAUAAAACAGCCCUCUCCGCAUCCAGGAAUACAGAUGGACAACCAGAAGUUUCCUUCUCCUUUAAAACACACCAGGACCCCAGCCCGUUACAGCAAACAUGUCAGGACCCCAACUCCAGCCAGGACCCAUGAGAGCAAAUAUAGCCUAAAAUCCUAAGACUUUUUAUGAUUCCAAUUAAUCAUAUUUCCUCUACUGAAACUAUGUCAGCAAGUAAUUUGUUAUCUCAUGUGUUGUGAGUGAAGUCUGACUUGGUCCUAUCCUGUCCUAUUACAUGAGCUAUCACUUUAGUAUGUUUUUUUUUCAGGGACUGCUGUUGAUUACUUCUCCAGCAAUUGGCAUGCCAUGGUAGCCUACUAAAUUCUGAGAAAUUAUUGUUGUGUAAAUAUUAUUCUCAGGGUCAUUUAAUGUUCUCCAAGUUCUAUAAAGCGUAAUCUAGCAAUAAAGAAAAUAAGUGCUAUUUUCUGGAAUUUACAGUAUGUUGUAUCAGUAGCCUUUGUAAAAAAGACUGGGCAACACACUGUGGGCUUGAAGGAAAUAUCUACAUAUGUUAAUAGUGCAUUAAUGAAAUUCCAUAUUUCAGUAUUUUCUUGCAAUUGUAGUGUCAAAAUUGUGAACAAAUACUAUGUGACUGGCAAUUGUGCUAUACAUGUAUGCAAGGACAGAAACAUACAUCAAGUUCGUUUUAGACAAAGUCUUUAAAAUGAUAACCUACUAGACAACCACUUCAAAGGUGUCAUCCUAAAAACAGAGCCAAUGUAUCGGUCUAAUGUAUCAGUCAAUCAACGUCCAUCCUUCGAAAAUAGAAAACAUGGUCACGUGAUACUUUGUCCCAUCUAGGUACUUGUGGUGCUUUCACGAAAACUGGGAACUGUGGCCUUCAGUUCGGAAUAAUACAAAUAUGCCCGAGUUUCCAGCUUGGAAUUCCGUGUUGGAAGAUCAUUAAAAAGAUUCUGCCCAGUCAGAGUUCGUUUUUUCCUAGUUGUCUUGAAUGCACUGUAGUAGGAAGUGGAGAUUUCCGAGUUCCCAUUUGUUUCGAAUGUGGCAUUGGUAGAGACGAACUUCAUGGGAUUAUCUAGCUAACGUGCACACUAGCCAGCAAACGUUACAAGUGGAGCCGAAAGAGAAUACCGAUGUCAAAUGGAAGAUACUCUGGAUCAAUUUCUAAUGGCGUAGACUGAGAAUAAAUAUAACUGUUCCAGAUGAGAGCCUCAGGACCAGCAUAAAGAUCCCCUGAAUUGGGAAGUUUGAACUACCACGUCCUACAACAGUACCUGGGACAGUAUGGAUUCUCUCCUGAGCUACAGAGGAGGUAGCAGCAGCUGCAACUGUUUAUGUUGGAGGCUGAUACCAUCAUAGCUAUUGACCAUCAGAACACUAAUACUGGAGUCUCUAUAGAGACAUGAACUGCUGACCUUGAGCUACAGUGUGUUAUUGUGUAAGCAGGACUAAGCAGUACUCCCACACACCCCCUCCCACCUGGGCACUACGCCAUGUCUCCUCUCUCUGCUCUGGGUGUUUUCUGUGGAUUGUUCCUUCCUCUGUCUCUCAGUGAAUACAACACUCACAACUGUAUCCCACGGAAGAGUGUCCUUUACCAGGACAAUAUGAAGCUGUUCAGAGAGGAAGGGAUUUGUAACUACUCCACCAUGUUGGUUCGAGAGGAUUUGGGCCUGCUGCUGCUCGGGGCUCGAGAGGCUAUCUAUGCCCUGGACAUCAAUGAUAUUUCCAUCAAGAAGUCAUGGGUAUACUGGCGGGUCACCAAGGAGAAACAGAUGGAGUGCACAUACAAAGGGAAACAUGCUGAAAUCGAAUGCCGUAACUACAUCCGGACGCUGCAUAAAGUGGAUGAUGGCAGAAUGUAUGUGUGCGGGACAAAUGCUUUCAGCCCCACCUGUGAUUACAUGACGUAUUCUGAAGGACAGCUGAGACUAGAGGAAGCGCAGGAGGAGGGAAAAGGGAAAUGCCCCUUUGACCCCUUCCAGAGAUAUUCAUCCAUCAUGGUCGGAAAUGACCUGUACUCUGCUACCUCAAUCAACUUCCUGGGCUCUGAGCCUGUUGUUCUCCGCAGCUCUUCCUCUGCUCUCCGCACCGAGUUCAAGAGCUCCUGGCUCAACGAACCCAACUUUGUGUACAUGGACCUUGUCCCCGAGAGCAAUAACAACCCAGAGGGCGAUGAUGAUAAGGUCUACCUGUUCUUCAGCGAGAACGCCAUGGAGUAUGACUUCUACAACAAGCUCAUGGUGUCACGAGUGGCUCGUGUAUGCAAGGGGGAUAUGGGCGGCCAGCGGACGCUCCAGAGGAAGUGGACGUCGUUCCUGAAGGCUCGUCUGGACUGCUCUCUGCCAGAGUCCAGCCUGCCCUCCAUUGUACAGGAUGUCUUCCUACUCAAAAAUGAUGACUGGAGCAAAAGUGUUUUCUACGCGGUGUUCACUCCCCAGUCGAGCUUGUCCGACAUGUCUGCAGUGUGUGCGUACAGUGUGUCAGCUAUCGGAGACGUGUUCAAUAAGGGGAAGUUUAAGACACCAGUGACUGUGGAGACGUCCCAUGUGAAGUGGGUAAUGUACAGUGGAGAGGUGCCCACCCCCAGACCUGGAGCCUGCAUUAACAAUGCAGCACGGGCCCUUGGGAUGGAGCGCUCCCUGGACCUGCCAGACAAGACCCUGCAGUUCAUUAGGGACCGGCCCCUCAUGGACGAGGCAGUGCGCCCUCUGACCGGGGGUCCGCUGCUGGUCAAAAAAGGUGCCAUGUUCACGCGCCUGGUGGUGGACAACGUGCUAGCUCUGGAUGGAGAGAGAUACGCAGUCAUGUUCAUCGGCACAGAGAACGGCUAUGUGCAGAAGGCAGUGAACUAUGCUGGGGAGAUGUUCAUCAUUGAGGAAAUACAGCUGUACCAGACCCCAGAGGCUAUCAGGACGCUACGCCUCUCCUCCAGCACGGGUCAGUUGUAUGCAGGCUCAGAUUUUGGAGCAGUGCAGAUGCCUCUGAGUGACUGUGGCCGCUAUGAGUUGUGUCUGGACUGUGUCUUGGGCAGAGACCCUUACUGUGGAUGGGACCUCUCCACUGGCAUCUGCUCUGCUGUGGCCAACUCAUCCUCUGACACGAACAUGAUUCAAAGUCUAAAAGAUGGUGAUAUAUCAAAAUGUCCAAAAUCAGAGACUGUGAAGCCAGAGAACUACACCUUAGUCCCUGGGAACAACAUCAAGCUGCCGUGCCAUCCUGCCUCCAACCUGGCACAGGUACACUGGCUCUUCUUAGGGCAACAGCUGCAUGCUGACGCUAAGUAUUACAUCUACAACGGAGGAAUCCUUAUUCUUAAUGCCUCUGCCUCCGACGCGGGCCAGUACACCUGUGAGUCUGUAGAGCAGGUGAAAAGCAGACCACACACCAGGACUAUGGCAGUCUAUCAACUGCGGCCCCACACUAAUGCAGAGGGUGAGGAGGAGGAGGAGGAGACGACGACGACAGAGUCCCCCCAUAGCCACAAUACCCCACUACCAGAGGUGCCACAGACUUUGGAGCCCCCGCUCCCUCCUGAGUCAUGGAGUGUAGACAGCAGGGUGGUAGGCCUGCAGGUGGCGGUAGCCCUCCUCUCUCUGAUGCUGCUUGGUCUAGUAGCCUGGAAUCUAUAUAAAAGGAGCUUUAGAAACAGAUCUUCAGAGAACUCAGGUGUGGGCCAGGUGAAAAGGCUGUCAGUUGACUACAUUCAAAAUAGGACUUCAGUGAUUAAGUUGCUGGGACCUACACCCAGUCAUAACGCAAACAAUAACCAUCACGCGGUCAUAGCUUUCAAAGGGAAUGGGGAGCACCACUUUUCUCCGGGAGGCAAUAUUUCCACUAUGGAUGGGUUGGGUUACAUUGACAACGAGUCAGAGAUCUGACCUUGAGUGUAAACCACUCUCUGGGGUUUGCUCUCUUUCUCUCACCAGGCAGCUGAUUUAGGACACUAUGGCAAUGUCAAGCUCUGUACAUUGGACUUGCGAUAGAGGGGAAUGUUUUAUAUUUUUCUAGGAAUUGUCCAGAAAAACAUUUUCCCACCAGGUUGAAUUUAUUUGAUAUAGUCAUGCCAUAAUGGAAAUAUACAGUGAGCUCCAAAAGUAUUGUGCCCAGUAGAAAUGAAUGGUAAAUAAUGCAUUGUUGUGAGUCACUUAUUGUAAAUAUGAAUAGAAUGUUAAUGUGGCUACAGAUAGUCCUGAAUGAAUUGUGAUUAAUUAGAAAGUUACAGAUCAAAUAUCAUACCCACCUCUCACAAUUACAAUAACAGGGGAGGUUAGCAUGAUAUUUGUGCAUCUAACUUUCUCACUCAUAAUUAUUCACAAUUUCAUUCAGGACUAUCUGUAAUCAUGAUAGCAUCCACAUUAAUGGAGAAGUGUUUAGAAGCAUAUAAUUUUUUAUUUACAAUGAAAGUGACUAAGAUGACAAUAUUAUUUACCAUUAAUUUCUAUUGGGCACAAAAUAAUCUGAAACACUACCAAAACAAACAGCAAAUGCAUCCAACAAGUUUGUAGAAAGGGAAAGACCUAGUCAGUUGUACAACAGAAAUGUGUCUUCCGCAUUUAACCCAACCCUUCUGAAUCCGAGAGGUGCGGUGGGCUGCCAUAAAUCGACAUCCACGUCUUCGGCGCCCGGGGAACACUGGGUUAACUGCCUUGCUCAGGGGCAGAACGACAGUCACAAGCUUGAUGUAAUAAUCAUUGUGUGUUAAGAAUAUGGGAUCAAAUACUGAACUACUUUAAUACACAAGUGGAUUUGUCCCAAUACAUUUGGUCCCCUAAAAUGGGGGGUGGAGGUGGAAGAGAGAGACAGACUAUGUACAAAAAGUUCUGUAAUUUCUAAACGGUUCACCCCAGAUGGAUGACAAUUACUCUCAAAUUAAAUCUGACAUUCUGCACUUCAACCUCAGCCAUUGUAUCAUUUAAAAUCCAAAGUGCUGGAGUGCAUAGCCAAAACAACUAAAUGUGCCACUGUCCCAAUACUGUUGGAGCUCACUGUACUGUGCUAAAUAUUUUGUAUUAAAGGCCCAGUGCAGUCAAUGUGAUUUUCCUAUAUUUUGUAUAUACAGUACUAGUUAACAGUUGACACCUACUCAUUCCAGGGUUUUCCUUUAUUUUUAGUAUUUUCUACAUUGUAGCAUAAGUGAAGACCUCAAACAAUGAAAUAACAUAGGGAAUCAUGUAGUAACCAAAAAGUGUUAAACAAAGUAGCCACCAUUUGCCUUUGACAGCUUUGCACACUCUUGACAUUCUCUCAACCAGCUUCAUGAAGUAGUCACCUGGAAUGCAUUAAGUUCAUUUGUGGAAUUUAUUUCCUUUUAAUGCAUUUGAGCCAAUCAGUUGUUGUGACAAGGUAUGGGAGGUAUACAGAAGAUUUACCAAAUAGGGCAAAGACCAAGUCCAUAUUAUGUCAAGAACAGCUCAAAUAAGCAAAGAGAAACAACAGUCCAUCAUUACUUUAAAAGACAUGAAGGUCAUUCAAUCUGGGAACAUUUCAAGUGCAGUCAACGCCCAUCAAGCGCUACGAUGAAACUGGCUCUCAUGAGGACUGGCAGUUACCAGCCUCAGAAAUUGCAGCCCAAAUAUGUUUAAGUAACAGACACAUCUCAACAUCAACUGUUCAGAGGAGACUGUGAAUCAGGUCUUCAUGGUCAAAUUGCUGCAAAGAAACCACUAAUAAGAAGGCUUGCUUGGGCCAAGAAACAUGAACAAUGUACUUUAGACCUGUGGAAAUCUGUCCUUUGGUCUGAUGAGUCCAAAUUUGAGAUUUAUGGUUCCAACCGCUGUCUUUGUGAGAUGUAGAGUAGGUGAACGGAUGAUCUCUGCAUGUGUGGUUCCCACAGUGAAGAAUGGAGGUGUGAUGGUGUGGGGGUGCUUUGCUGGUGACGGUCUGAUUUAUUUAGAAUUCAAGGCACACUUAACCAGCAUGGCUACCACAGCCUUCUGCAGCGAUAGCACAAACCAGAUGGGAUAUCAUUCAUUUUUCAACAGGACCCAACAACUCCAGGCUGUGUCAGGGCUAUUUGACCAAGAAGGAGAGUGAUGGAGUGCUGCAUCAGAUGACCUGGCCUCCACAAUCACCAGCCUCAACCCAAUUGAGAUGGUUUGGGAUGAGUUGGACCGCAGAGUGAAGGAAAAGCAGCCAACAGCUCAGCAUAUGUGGGAACUCCUUCAAGACUGUUGUAAAAGCAUACCAGAUGAAGCUGGUUGAGAGAAUGCCAAGAGUGUGCAAUGAUCUCAAAGACAGGCUACUUUGAAGAAUCUCAUAUUUUGAUUUAACACUUUUGGUUACUGCAUGAUUCCAUGUGUUAUUUCACAGUUUUGAUGUCUAUUCUACAAUGUAGAAAAUAGUCAAAAUAAAGGAACUCUUGAAUGAGUUGGGUCCUUUUGACUGGUACUGUAUGUAUAUGUAGCAGAAAAGCGAUAAAUACAAAAAGGGUCCUCAGAAUGGUAUGGGUAAAAAUGUACAGCAACUGACGUCAGUCACUUCACUGGAAUUAGUUUUUCUUCUGGGAGUUUGUUUUACACAAUGACAGACAGAUGAGGUCUGCCUGUCAUAAUGUCCCUGCCAUUAUGAUCUACUGAAAGCUGUGAAUACAGUAUUGGUAUGGCAUUUUGUACUGUAUUGAAAAUAAAUGCAUACUUUAAAGUAUGAAGUAAACACUCA